AAUAGAUCGAACAGAUAUCCAUUUUUCCAAAUAUUUGUGUGGUUUAGUUAAAUAGAAAGCACCCUCUUCCUUCACCAAACACCAAUUUGCAGAGAGAUAUGGCCUUGCCUUUCUCUCCCUCUUCUUCCUUUCCAAUAAUUGCAUCCCAAAAAUCCACUCAUCCCAACACCACCAAAUUCCAUAUUACUGAAAGACCCAUUAAUAUUUUCACAGAAAACGCCUUAAAAUUCACAUAUUCCAUUCCCAAAAUCACCAAUUCGACCUUCCUCAACAAAGCCUCCCAAGAGCAAGAAAACACCAGUGUUGCCUCAGAAUCCCAAACCCAGGAAAACCCUCCUGAGGAUAACCGGGUCGAGAAAGAUCAGAGUGAGGGAAUAUCAGAAUUGGGUAUGGAAAUCAAGAAGGCAAUGAAGGAGAGGGAGCAAAAGGAACCUGAUUUCUUGAGUGGGGUGGCAGAGGAAAUUAGGGAAAUUGAGUGGCCUGGUUUUAGUAAAGUGUUGGGAACUACUGGAAUUGUUUUGGGGGUGAUGGCAGGGUCGAGUGUCGUUUUGUUAACUGUUAAUGCCGUUUUGGCUGAGCUUUCGGAUCGGGUUUUUGCUGGAAAGGGUAUACAGGAUUUCUUCGGGUGAUGAUAGAGGAGUUGUGAUCUGCUGGGAGAGGGUAUGCCCUCUUGACCUGCACCUGCCACUUGUUAAAGAAGCAUUUGACUGCUUGAAUUUUUGUUACAUAGUUUCUUAUUUUUAACUUGUAUUCCUCUCUGUCAUUUCUUCUAUGGUUUUUGAGGAAUUUUGGAA